GGCGCUUGCGUGGUGCGAGCUGGUUCCGCAUGCGCAGUGGGGUUGAGCGAAGCGCACGCUGAAGAGGCUCGGCGGCUGUUGCGGGUGUAUCAAGUCCGAUCUCUUCGAUUAAAGAGGGCGACGAGGGGCCCCACUGCGGGAUCCACACACAUACCUCAGAAUGCCAGGUCUAAGUUGUAGAUUUUAUCAACACAAAUUUCCUGAGGUGGAAGAUGUAGUGAUGGUGAAUGUACGGGCCAUUGCUGAAAUGGGGGCUUAUGUCAGCCUGUUGGAAUACAACAAUAUCGAAGGCAUGAUUCUUCUUAGUGAGUUGUCCAGAAGGCGUAUUCGUUCUAUAAACAAACUCAUCCGAAUUGGCAGAAAUGAAUGUGUGGUCGUCAUUAGAGUGGACAAAGAAAAAGGAUAUAUUGAUUUGUCAAAAAGAAGAGUAUCUCCAGAAGAAGCAAUCAAAUGUGAAGAUAAAUUCACCAAAUCCAAAACUGUUUACAGCAUUCUUCGUCAUGUGGCUGAGGUGUUAGAGUACACUAAGGACGAGCAACUGGAAAGCCUGUUCCAGAGGACUGCUUGGGUCUUUGAUGACAAGUACAAGAAACCCGGAUAUGGUGCCUAUGAUGCAUUUAAGCAUGCAGUCUCAGACCCAUCUAUUUUGGAUAGUUUAGAUUUGAAUGAAGGUGAACGGGAAGUACUCAUUAACAAUAUUAAUAGGCGUUUGACACCACAGGCUGUCAAAAUUCGAGCAGAUAUCGAAGUGGCUUGUUAUGGUUAUGAAGGCAUUGAUGCCGUAAAAGAAGCCCUGAGAGCCGGUUUGAAUUGUUCUACCGAAACCAUGCCCAUCAAGAUUAAUCUAAUAGCUCCUCCUCGGUAUGUGAUGACCACAACAACCCUGGAGAGAACAGAAGGCCUCUCUGUCCUCAAUCAGGCUAUGGCUGUUAUAAAAGAAAAGAUUGAGGAGAAGAGGGGUGUCUUCAAUGUUCAAAUGGAGCCCAAAGUGGUCACAGAUACAGAUGAGACCGAACUUGCAAGGCAGCUGGAGAGGCUUGAGAGAGAAAAUGCAGAAGUGGAUGGUGAUGAUGAUGCAGAAGAAAUGGAAGCCAAAGCCGAAGAUUAAUCUUGUGGGAAACAGAGUCCAGUUGAAGGAACACAAAGCAGCCCUUCCUGGCUAUAAACCCUAGACUUAAAAGUUUUCCAGUACUGAAAACUUCAAAGCUGAAUAUUUUUUAUUUUCAAGUAUUUAAAUAUUCCAACAGACCAAAACAUGAAAUGCCCUCCUAAAUGUCAGCUGUUUUCACACAGUAGCUUCAACACAUUAAGCAUUUUUAAGGGAGUGGCCUAAUUUCACUAGAGACAAAUCUUCAAGCUAAAGAACAGUCAUAAAAUUGGGCUUGUGGUUUCCAUUUCUUUUGUCUCGAGUGAUAUCCCUUUGUAGUUCAAUGCCUCCAUGAAAUUUACCAGGGGCACCCAAAGCAAAUAGUCCCAAUCUUUCUAUAUAAAAUGUAUCAAGCAAACAUUAAAUAAAUUUCUGGGAUAUUUAACUAUAGGCUUCUUCCUUCUUGUCACCAGUUAAAAGCAUUAUGAUUACUAAGACCCUAAUUCUAUUCAUUUUAAUCUAGAUGUAGAAUUAAAAGGGCAGAUGACUAAAGGAUCUAUCUAUACAGCAGAUCCUUUCAAAAGGAGGGCGUAGAGAAAAUAAUUUUAACACCAGUGAAAGUUGGCUCUUAAGGGAAAAAAAGCCUUAAAAUGCAAUUAAAGUAUUGAUUGUGUGCCUUUUACCUGUUUGAGACUGAUGACAACAUACGUGAGGAGAAUUUAUCACACUGGUCCUACCUGGUUGGUGUACUAAGCUGCUUCCCUUGAGCUGGUAAUUCAGGGUGGUAAAGUAGUUUUUUUAAAGAUGCUGCUGCUUUAAUGUAGUUAUUUGGAGUAUCAUUGUCCAACUUUUGAUUUUUUUCCAUUAAAAUAUUCACUAGGUGCCACCCAGAGCUUCAGUUCUCUUUAGAACAGACUGGGGAUCUGUUUGAACACAACAAUAAUUGUUCUACAUUUCCCUCCUUUUUAUCUUUAAGAACUAGUUAUUUUAAAGGUGUAUAAAUUUAAAGGUAAAUAAAUAUUAUAAAGGUAAGUAAAAUUCAUAGAUAACACAUGGUUUGAAGUUACAGCUGCAGUUAGCCAGGGUGUAGAAAGUCUUUGGUCUUCAUAGAUUUAAUCUUUUAGGCUACUUGAGGAACUAGAUAUAAUUUUAUUAAUUAUUCCUAAGAAUAGCUAUUUAAAUAGAAGAUUAAACCUUUAGUCAAUAUUAAAGGGACUGGAAAGUAGAAGAGUGUGUUGGUGAGAUAAUUUGUGUCAUAUGUGAAGGUUGUCCCUUUGUUUAAUUUAGCAGCCUUUACUUGCUCUUUAAAUCUAAAAUCUGACCUCAUGGCCAUUUCCACAAGGGCGCCAUGAUCACUAGCAAGCAUGCCACACAGGGAAUGUUUAGAGGAAAAUAAUAUACUCAAAAUUUGCAGAUAAUUUUUCACCUUGGUCUUUUUGAGGAGUCAAAAAAAAAGUCUAUAAAACUCACAGCAUCAAGAUGUCAUCUAAAUAUAUAACUGGUGCUCCUUAAAUGUUUUAGGCUGGGGAAGUAAAUUUUUUGUUUAACUGAAUAUUUUUAUACAUCAAAAGCCAUAACUUGAGAAAUAGUGGUGGCCUUCAUGGUGAGUGAUUUUAUCCCAUGCAGGCCUUUCGCUCAGUUCCAUCAUUCUGCAAAUUCAUGACCCUUGCCAGAGAAAAGAGCAACACCUCAGUGAUACCAUGAAGGGGAGAGCUAACUGAACUUAAAGCCUAUGUAUGCCCUACUGACCUAAAAGUAUCACUUUCAAAUAUGAGAAUAAGUUACACACCCAGCUCCCAAUAACUUGAGGAAUAGGUUGACAAAGAAUUGACCAGUUUAUCCAAAUCUUGCCUCUCUUCCCCCAAAGCCUCUUCAUUAAAAAUUGACAGUUUCAUCAACUCCCCAUUCUGCAUUUGAGGUUAAGUAGUUAUCAACGGUAACUGAACAUUAGCAAUAGCUUGGGCCUUACGCAUAAUUAAUUGAAGUGAUUGAAAAUGGCCGACAAAACACAUGAACAUUCAAACCAUUUUUGAUGUUUUCUAGCAAGACAAACCAAUACUUAACAUGGGUAAUGCUCAAACACUUAGCAGGAACCUACAAAGACACGCUAAGCAUUAUGGUAGUGCGAAGCAGUACAGUUAUACUUAGCUGCCAUACUUCCAAACAUUCUUGAUUUAGCUACUUUCACAUUGAGAACAAUUGAAUUAAAAUGGUUUGGGCUUUUUAAAAAUUCAAAUGCUAGUACCUUGGCAAGGGUUGUUCCCUGAUUUGCCUCAAGGUGAUCAUCUACUUUUCAGUGCAUGAGGAUUCCGAUAUACAGAGUGGGGUGCAGUUGUGCCAAUUUGGAGUCAAGAAGCCAUCAAACCAAAUGUAGUUGAAUUCAGAUAAACACCUGUUGAGAUUCAAAAAGCAAUAAAGAAACUAAUUCCAGGGACAUUAGACCUUGGUAAAAUGCCAAAUGGAAAAUGAUUAUUUUAAAGGCAAUCUCUUACAAUGUAAGGAAUGAAGUAAAGCCUCAUUAUCUUGGAAUUCCUGAUCAUUCAGGUCAAGUACCCUAGAUGAGGUUAAGGGGACAGUUCAAACUAAGGACAAAUUUUUACUUAAGGUAUUAACCUAUUCCCCUUAAAUGUAAGUUCCGUAUCUAUUCAUUAAAGGAAGUCUAAGCACUUGUACUUAGCAAGAAUGCUGGCAGUAACCUGUGCCAGAUUACUGUGUAAACUUGAAAUAAAAAUAUUUUUAAAGA